GGCGGCGGUGGCAGCAGCGGCAUGGAGUCGGCGACCGCGCCCCGGCCGGACAUGGCGCCCGAGCUGACCCCCGAGGAGGAGCAGGCUACCAGGCAGUUUUUGGAAGAGAUUAACAAGUGGACUGUUCAGUAUAAUGUUUCUCCACUCUCUUGGAAUGUGGCUGUCAAGUUCCUCAUGGCCAGGAAAUUCGAUGUGCUCCGUGCUAUAGAGUUGUUCCAUUCCUACAGGGAAACACGAAGGGAGGAAGGUAUUGUGAAGUUGAAACCUCAUGAGGAACCUCUCCGUUCUGAGAUCCUCAGUGGAAAAUUUACCAUCUUGAAUGUUCGGGACCCUACUGGAGCCUCCAUUGCUCUCUUCACUGCCAGGUUGCAUCAUCCUCACAAGUCCGUCCAGCAUGUGGUACUUCAGGCUCUGUUCUACUUGCUAGACAGAGCUGUGGAUAGCUUUGAAACUCAAAGGAAUGGACUGGUGUUUAUCUAUGACAUGUGUGGUUCUAAUUAUGCCAACUUUGAGCUGGAUCUUGGCAAGAAAGUCUUAAACCUGCUGAAGGGCGCAUUUCCAGCUCGUCUGAAGAAGGUGCUGAUUGUGGGAGCCCCCAUAUGGUUCCGAGUGCCCUAUUCUAUCAUCAGCCUGCUCCUGAAGGACAAAGUCCGGGAGAGGAUUCAGAUAUUAAAGACAUCUGAGGUUACCCAGCAUCUGCCUAGGGAGUGCCUUCCAGAAAAUCUUGGUGGGUUUGUCAAAAUUGACCUCGCCACUUGGAAUUUCCAGUUCCUCCCCCAAGUGAACGGCCACCCUGAUCCCUUCGAUGAGAUCAUCUUGUUCUCCCUACCUCCUGCCUUAGACUGGAACUCAGUACAUGUUCCAGGUCCACACGCCAUGACCAUCCAAGAGUUGGUAGACUAUGUUAACACCAGGCAAAAACGGGGGAUCUACGAGGAGUAUGAAGAUAUCCGUCGUGAGAACCCUGUUGGCACUUUCCACUGUUCCAUGUCUCCAGGAAAUCUAGAGAAGAACCGCUAUGGGGAUGUGCCCUGCCUGGACCAGACUAGAGUGAAGCUGACAAAACGAAGUGGCUAUAGUCAGACAGAUUAUAUUAAUGCCAGUUUCAUGGAUGGCUACAAGCAGAAGAAUGCUUACAUUGGCACACAAGGCCCUUUGGAGAACACUUACAGAGAUUUCUGGCUCAUGGUAUGGGAACAAAAAGUUUUGGUGAUUGUCAUGACCACCCGCUUUGAGGAAGGCGGCAGGAGAAAAUGUGGACAGUAUUGGCCUUUAGAAAAAGACUCUCGGAUCCGAUUUGGCUUCCUCACGGUGACAAAUCUAGGCGUGGAGAACAUGAACCAUUAUAAGAAAACAACUCUAGAAAUUCACAACACAGAGGAGCGGCAGGAGCGCCGGGUGAGCCACUUCCAGUUCCUGAGCUGGCCAGAUUACGGCGUCCCAUCUUCAGCAGCUUCCCUUAUCGACUUCCGGAGAGUUGUCAGAAGACAGCAGAGCCUGGCUGUCAACAGCCUAGGAGCACGCGGCAAGGGGCAUUGCCCUGAUCCACCCAUUGUGGUGCACUGCAGCGCAGGCAUCGGCAGGACAGGUACCUUCUGCUCCCUGGAUAUCUGCCUGGCACAGCUGGAGGAGCUUGGCACCCUUAACGUGUUCCAGACGGUGUCACGCAUGAGAACCCAGAGGGCCUUCAGCAUCCAGACCCCUGAGCAGUACUAUUUUUGCUACAAGGCCAUCCUGGAAUUUGCAGAGAAGGAAGGCAUGGUUCCCUCUGGCCACAACCUUCUGGCCAUGGAGAGGCAGUAACUGUCCCACCAGUUUCCACCCAGUGGCCAGCCUUCCUUAAACUACCCUGGACACCGCUGAGCCUGUAGGUUGCCAUCAGUUCUGCAGAAGCCAUGGAUCAACCUCUUUCUUGUGUCUCCCAGCGCACAUGUGCACGCAAGGCAGCCUUCCCUUUGGCUAGAUAAAUGUGGUGGAAUUGCCACUAGAAAGGGCCAGCAGCAAUGUGUUCUUACUUCCUAGUGAACUGUGCCUUAUUAAAACCAAAUGUGGCUAUGGGUUUGCCAGGGUCCCUGAGGUAAGCGGGGAAGAAACCUCCCUCCCCUUCUCCCAGCACCAUUCUUCUGGGGGUCUUCUCCUUCCUACCCUCCCCUUGUAGGACUUGACAGGAAGGUUUGUGAGCAUUCAUCUUCCUGCCCAGAGAGCUUGACCAAGUUACAUAUUCUAGAGAUUGUCCCGAGUGCCAAGCACGUUUAUACAUAGGGCGUGUAUUCCAGUCUUUCCUGUCAUUCUCUGUGUGUGUGUAUACGUCUGUGCACUUACGUGUAUGGAUCCAUAUAUGUGUGUGUAUAUAAUAUAUACUGUACGUGAUAAUAUGGUCAUACCCUAUAAAUACAUAUACACACAGAUAACUCUCUGCAGAAGUUACUGGGGCUCAGCACUCCUUGCUUCUUUUACCCUGCCGAAUAUUCUAGACUGGUUGGGAAUCAUGGCUCAUGUCAGACCACAAAGUAGCAGAAGACAAGUACACAUCUCAUUGUCCUGGGCCUCAGGCUCUCAUCUUUUCAAAAUGACUUCUUUCCCUCUGGACUCUACCUGUUGGAGCCAAGAAUACUGGCUUGUGGUAACACUGGUUUAACUUAGCUUGGGUUCCCUUUUAUCUAGCAGAUUCUUCUCUAUUUUGCUGAUUUGGGGAACAGACCUCCACUGUGAUUUCAGACUCUGUCUGUCUUCUCCUACCCUGGGGAUGGGGGACUGAGGGUAGUAAUGAACUCCCUGAGCAGCCACAGCCAGAAGCAAUCGGUACAAAAACUUAGUAGGAAGGAAGGGGAGCCCGGUAUCUGCUAUGAGAACCCUUUCAUGGGAGGACAAGCCAAGGCUCCUUUUUCUUUUGCUAGAAGUUUUCUUUCUCAUUGCAACUUGGUCCUGUCUACUGAGAUGCCCGGCUCUUCUUGCUGGUUAGCUUGCCAGAGCCUAUCCCUCAGUCUGGGUGGGUUCUAUGCCAAAUGCAGAACUCUUAUGGCUGGGUGAGGUGGUCCCCUGCAGUCCCAGUUCCCUGCCUGCCCAGUGUGUCCUUGUCUUCUCCCAGAUUGAUAUGCCAGGAAUGAAUCAAGAGUCCUCAACAAGCUGUUCCCUUGGAAAUUCAUGGAACCCCUAAACCUUCUUCCCCACUACAGAAGAUGAGGUUGGCAGCUGAUCAGACCUCAAUAAUUUUAUACUGUAAUAAGAUCUUUGAAUGUGUAUAUUCUUAUUUUUUACAAUCAUUUCAUUUUGUAUUUAACAUCAAUGGACUGAGUCAGAUUCAGAAAAUAAUUGUAAUGUUCAUAUUCAAUAUCUUACAGUGAUACACUUUUGUAUUUACAUAUAAAUAUACCGACAUGAUCAAA